AUGGGGUUGUAUCAUGCGCUCCUGCGUGGUACGGAUGGUCCACAUAAUGCUAUAAAAUGGAAUAUUGUUAACAUUAGCAAGGAGCUAUAUUACUUUGGUGUUGAAUAUGAUUCUGAAUUAGCUAUAUUUGUCUAUUCUCCAUUUUGUACAUUGCUGCGCUACACUUGCAUUAAGGAAAACAACGAUGACCUAGGCAGUUUGGCUUUACAUGACUUAUUUGAUUUACUGUCAAACCAAUUUAACGAUUUUAUCAUUAAUUCCCAAGAAAAUAAAGUCUUAAGGAUUAAAUCUAAGCCUGAGAUCUCACCAAUCUCUAUAGACCUAGGUUUUCACGGUGAAAGUGUUGAGGGCGAUGACUAUAAUGAAAUACUAAAAUCGCUAUCUAUAUGGCAGUUAAAGAGCACAAUUACAUUAAACGCAAUGAUUGAAGACUUACAGAAAAUGCUAUUUCAGAAGGAUACUGCAAUUGAGUUUUUAGGAUUCACGGCAAAAGAAUAUGGUGGCAGUGGACUAAUAAGAAGAUGGGCACCUGAAGGCUCAAGAAAUUACGAUUCCUUGACAAAAUUCAAUCCAACCCAAUGGAAAAAAGAAUGGAUUAAUAGCUUUAAUCUACAAGCUCCAGAUAAAGUUGCUUCAUCCUUAAGCAUCAAUAUAAAUACCAUAAAUGUAACUGCAAGGUGUGGUUCGGAUGGUUCUAAUACAGACGUAAAUGGCCAGGACCAAAUUGAAGAUCAAUAUCCUGAAUUUGUAGAGAAGAGAGAAGAGCACGAUAGUUUUUUAGCCGAACUAUCAGACUCAGGAAUCUAG